AUGUCCGUCAAUGAAAAAGAAGAACAAAAAGUAAUUACAAAUCCAAGUCUAGGCAGUCAUUUAACUGAUGAAGAUCUAUGUCGAAUCAAAGAUUUUCAAGUCGGAGAUUUACCAAAAAAUUCGAGUUAUGUUCGUCCUUUUCGAGCCAUGUUUAUUGAUGAACGCAAUAAUAAUCCUGUAAAACGACUGUGGGAUGCUAUUGAUGCUCAUAAUUCAGUUGUUAUCAUUGUUUACAAUCGAUCAACUGAUACUCUUGUUUUCGUUCGUCAAUUUCGUCCUGCUGUUCAUGUUAUGAUCAGUAAAGCAGAACAAAAUGCUUCAUCUAUAACUGAUAUUGAUUUUGCAAAACAGGAUCCUAAAUCUGCUGUUACUUAUGAAUUUUGUGCUGGGAUUAUUGAUAAAAAACAUUUAUCCAAUAAAGAACAUGCACAUGUUGAAUUACUUGAAGAAUGCGGUUAUUCAGUUGAUAUCAAUUCAAUUGAAUCAGUGGCAAAAUAUCGAUCAGGUGUUGGUACAGCUGGAGCACUUCAAGAACUUUUUUAUGUUGAAGUAACAAAUGAAAUGAAAACAAAUACAGGUGGCGGAAAUUUAUCCGAACAAGAAUUUAUCGCCAUACACGAAAUUCCCAUUGAUGAACUUUAUCAAUUCUUAUUCGAUGAAACUAAAGCUAAAGAAGCAUCAUUAAUGUUUGGUGUGAUGUGGUUUUUACAUAAAAAAGGACGAUUACCAUAA